AAUCGACGCAGUAGAAAACAAAUCUUCGGUGGGAGUUUUGAAGUCUAAUUUUAAUCUACACCGCGUCUGCUUGGUCGUAAACCGUCACGAUCGUACACUGUGAUUAUUUUGUCGAGAACAACGGAUCGUAUUUCCGAAGAUCAAAAAAAGAAUCUAUUAUCAGCGAAAAAUGCCAUUGCGAAAAAGUGAGGCUUUGGGUGAGUUUCAUCAACUUGUACAUGACAUUACCUCGACAAAGACAUUCGUCGAACAAUUCCAGUGUCUCAGUAAAAAAUGCGAUAGACGUGGUAUGAUAAAAAUUCUCCUGGAUAUCGCAGAAGUUGCACAAUUACGAGUUCAAGAAUCAUAUCAUGAGAAGGAUGAUGAAGAGGCUGAAAAAAUUUACAGAACGUAUCAAACUCUUCCAAUGGAUAGAAAUGAUCGUGGAAUUUUCGUACGAACAAGUUUUCUUACGAAAGCAUUUUUUGCAGCGACUCCAAGGAGCAUGUUGUUUAAAGAUAUUCUUCUUGAACGUGCCCGAUGCUGGUACUCCGCGAAUUUGUUUACCAGAUGCUUGAAAGAUUGUGACUAUUUAAUGAACAUUUUGAAUGGAACAGAAAAUGAUCUCAUAGACAGCAUUCCAUUGCAUAAUCAUAAAAUGAAUGUGGAAUGUACCGAGCUCAUAUCGAAAUGUAUUGAAUCUCUUAAGCGUGCUAACAAAGCAUCCCGAAAAGCGCCGAACAAGAUUGUGCCUUUACCACACAUCGAAGGCAAAUUGAACUCGAAAAUGCCAAGCUGCAGUAACUCUGUAAUUCAGUGUUACGACAGAAUAAGAGGUAGGCACCUCGUUUCGACGAGAAAUAUAAAGACUGGUAGUGUGAUACUGAUCGACCAACCUUUUUCCUUCAGUACCGAUAUCCAGUCGCUUUCAACAAACUGUUUGCACUGUCACAUAUCGCUCAACCUUCAAGAUAAUGUUCGGAUACCCUGCCAAAAUUGUCAAACUGUGUCGUAUUGCUCGAAUCGUUGUCGGCAACAAUCCUGGCAAAAAUAUCAUAAAUACGAAUGUAAGAUUUUCGAUUACUUUUACGAGAUCAAUGGUCGCGAAGUCAAUCCUGCCCAACAACGCAGAUCACAUUUGUUGCUUGCUUGGAGGACCACCAUCGAGAGUGCGAUCGAUAAAACGAGAGAUUGUUUACGUGAUGAUUGGCUCAGUUAUCAGGAGUCGUCGAGCAACCAGGAUAACAAUAGUCGAGAAACGUAUUUCUCAAUUGAUCCAUAUGAUUCUUCUUGCUAUCAGACGGUUUUUGCUCUUGAAACCCAUUGUUCCGAUUCUUCGACGAUCAUUAAUCUUUCACGAUCCGUGUGCUCGAUAUUUUUCACCAAAUGUUUAGAACUUGUUUUCUUACAAAAUCAUCCAUCCUCUACUGCUUCGAUCGAUACAAAUAAAUUGUUACUGGUUGCUGUUGGAAUGCUUCGACAUAUGCAAUCAGUAGAUUGUAACGCUUAUGAAAUUGUGGAAAACAUAAGGGAUGAAACGACAAGAAUUUGGGGACCGCGCAAUGUUGGAGGAGCAAUUUAUCCCACUGUGAGUUUGAUAAAUCACGGUUGUUACCCAAAUGUCGUCCGACACUCUUAUCCUCAUGGUAAAGUUGUUGUUCGAGCCAUACGUUACAUCAAAAAAGGUGCAGAGAUACUGGAUUGCUAUGGGCCACAUUUUGUUAGUGAUAAUGCAUCUCACCGACAGCAUUAUUUGCGAGAUAAAUAUCAUUUCACAUGUAAUUGUGAAGCCUGCGCGAACGAUUUUCAAUUACCUUAUGUUGCGACGAUCACUUAUAACUGUGCAACAUGCAAUUUACCAGUAAAUCAGAAAUUUGAUAAAUGCGUAAGAUGCAAUCAUCCGGUUGAUCGGAAAAAAAUGCAAAGUCAAUUGGCGACAUCUGUGAAAAAACGUGAGACAGCCAUAGCAAAGAUGUACAAUGGAAACUACUUGGAUGCUUUACCUAUUCUGCUGGAACACGCUGCCAUAGUACGUAGACUUGUUGCUGAGCCGAAUCUCGAAGCUAUCAAAACACAGCAAUCGAUUGUACAGUGCUACAAUAGUUUCUCGUCCAUCGCACCUUCAACUUAAACUCUAUUUCUAACAUUACACUUGUGCCUUGAAGCUAACAAAUUUUACUAUCAAAUGGUGGUAUGGUUUUAAAAUAAUCUGAGAUAAUACGAGCAAAAAGUGAAGAAAAAAAUACUGGUCAUUGUAUAUUAGUUUCAUACAAUAUAAUAUCUAAUGAACUCUGUUGAUCUGACUUGAAAUCUAAGUGUGGUUGAUUAUGAAAAUUAGAAAAUCGUGGAGAUUACGAUAAAUGAAACUACAACAAGAAAAAUCAUCAAGAGAAUGUUGAAACAAUACGACAAUCACGAGACUGCCCGAAACCUCCAUCACUUUCGAAACAUCGUCGCGAAAAGCGAACACUUCACGAUCAAUAAUAACGACCGCACGCAUCAUUGUUGAUAUGUGGCGGCCAUCUUAGGAUCUUGUACAAGGGCCUGAACAAGCUGCAGGGACCGCAGCUCGUAAAUGACGCCACAUGUCGAAAAUUGAUACUAUUCAUUCUUUAUUUUUAUUAUUUCUAAUCAUUUCGAUGUUUGUUUAUAAUGUACAAGUAGAGUCAAAUUAAACGGACUUUCAGGGGGAAUCUAAUGUAUUAUGUUAUCGCGAAUUAUGUAAUAGUAAAGAGAACACAUGCGUUAUCUUCAGUGUCAGUGACGGAAUUGGGCCCUCAUUUAUUACAAUCGUACUGGUGUGGUGAGGAUAAUACUUCGUGUAGGAUUUCUUAUACGCUAGCUGAUGAUCUAUUACAAUAUACAAUAUAUGUGAGGUAUUCCAGCCCAAGUGUGUAAACCCUUGUACAAUUAUAUAAUUCAAGAUUCCGAUAAAGUAGGUCUUGGAAGAAUGAACAAGUGAAGACAGGUUGAAAAGAAAAAGGAGUUUAAAUGCAAAUUUGAAAAAGUGACAACAUAUUUUCUUUGUACACAAAAUUAAUAAAUUGAUUUCAAUCGUUAUAAAUUAUUAUGUUUAUAUUUCAAUCUUACAAAUUUUGGAGGUUCAGCCCGGAUUGAGAAUAAAAAAUAAAUAAAAAAUGUUAACGAUUGGUGAUUCAUUUUUGUGUGCGUGACUGAAAAAAUUCGUAUAUAAUCUCAACGACGGUGAAACGACGAAUAUGAUCGACAAUAUAAAUGAAGUAGACAUUGAUUCUCUUUUAUUCAGUCAACUUCGAGAAAAACUCGAAUCUCAAAAUUUAUUCUUACAAGGAAGUGAGGCAACAUUACGAGAACGACUAUAAUUGCAAUGGAUUAUGAUUCUAUACAGUUUGCAUUCAGCGCAGGAAACAUUUCCCUUCCAAUACUGCACUGGAAUAAAAUCAGAGACUGCAUGUAAACAAUCUGCACACAAUGUUAGAUGAUAUCGCUGACUUGAAAUGGAACAUGAUUCCAUGCAGUUUGCAUCCAACACAGGAGAUUUUGUCUUCCCAGGACUGCACUUGACUUAAGUCGAUGGUUGUACUAAGUCACUAGGGUGGCUACGCUAUAAUUUGUAAUAAUAUGGUUUAUACCCCAGCGGCAAAAGUUUACUCUCCGUUAAAGCUCAUCAAAUAUAAAAUCUUAGAUCGAUAUAAGAUCAACGAAAGUAAAACAAUAAUAAUCAAAUUACAUUUAGGAGAACGAAAAAGAUGAGUGUUGCAAAAUACGACAUUGUAAAAAAAUAUAUAUAUUGUAACGGGACGGCGUCCCGUACACUCUGUAAAAAAGGGAAAUAAAAUGAAUAUAUUAAA